AUGUCUAUAUUAGCGAGUAAACUCUACACGUUUAAGAAGGGAAGCAAAAGUAUUACUUUAUUAGUUAUAACUGCCUCUAUUCUAUUAUACGUACUCUUAAUCUUAAAGGCUAUAGCGAAGGCUACUCUUAGCGUUAGAAGAAGACUAGAUACUACUAUAAUGCGUACUAUAAGCUUAAGCUAUAGGUUCUAUAUUAGCAUCUUAUUUAGAUUAAUAGAGCCUAUUCCCUUUAAGGACUAUUUUAAAUAUAGUACUACUAUUAAGCUAGAGUCUCUAGAGGCGUAUAGCAACUAUGUAGCUAACUUCGAUAAAGAGGAAUACCUUCUAGCGCAUAUUAUUAAGUAG